AUGGUGAACUGGAACGAUCCUGACCUCGAAGCGAAAUUGGGGAUACUGUUAGUACAGUUGUUGUAUGUUAUCCUUGGCUUAUACGGCUGGGAAUAUAUACGUUCCUCAUACAUGGAGAUAGCAUUACUUCGGAGGCAGCUUCCAUUUCGAUGGCCUUUGCUCUCGUACAUUACCGCCAGAUUCAGCUUCUUGAUUGCAAUCAUUUUACAUGCGAUACAAUCUAGUCCCUUCUACACAAGCGUUGAUUGUCAGAGUGAGUGUUUUGUGGACUUGAUCUUCGCCGAUGAGAUUUACCUCGAUUUAGGCAUGAAUUUUGCAGUCAUAUUCUGGACAAACGUCGCCAUCGGCUGCUCCACAACAAACCUGAUGAUCAGAACGCACGCCCAUAAUUAUCUCUCGUACUAUCUCGAUCUCAUGAUAUAUAUGCAGGUGGCUGAUUUGGAAGACCAGUUACCUGCUGCGCCUUUGCUAGUCCUCCUAUCACUAGGCCAUUGGACAUUGCUCACACUCUUCCUGGCAACCGCUCGUGCAUCUCCCAUAAACGGGGUGUGCGUGAUCAAUUUUGUCAAUCCCGUAUAUACUAGUGCGAUGAUCAUAUAUGGUACGCAUAUCGCAUUUAUGAUCCAUGGAUAUGUGAUGAUCAGUACCCCGGGUGUAGCCAUGUUAUAUGAUUUGGCACUUUUGAUCUUUACCGUUGUUGGACUUUUGAGGAUGCCAUCGUCUUCUACGCUAUGGAAGACGCUCGUGAAACAAGGAGUGAUAUAUUUCAUCUUCAAUUUUCUAGCGAACCUUAUCUUCCUGGUCCUGAAACGUUUGAACCUGAAUUCUAUUAUGAAUGCUAUUUUCGGAAUGCCUGCGGCAUGCAUCUGCACGAUUGCAUCUAACCAAGUGGUUCUCUCGCUUCUCCGUCCCUCAUCCAAUUAUGAAAGUGACAGCCCCUCGUCGGGUAAAGUGCAUCCUCUGACGUCUAACCUCACCGUAAGGGUGCCAUGGUAA